UAUUAUAACAUACAGUUUGUCAAGCAGAAAAAUGAAAAAUAAAAAAGGCCAUUAUGUUAUUGUGUAAAUACGUGCCAGUAUCUUAUAUAAUGCAGUCUCAUUUUUCAGUUCAUUUUUUACGAUAAAGUUUUCACUUUUAUUUAAUUGAAUGCAGGCUGGUGAUAUUAACUUUAUGUCGUUGAAAUGACUGUUUCUGAAUGCAAUUUAUAAUUAUAAAAUUUUACUGGAUGAAAACAUUCUGAUGUGUACAUUGACAACAUCGUACCUCUUAUGUUAUUCAGUUCAAUUUUAACCGGUUUUGCCUCUUGUGAUAUUUAAAAUAUAUAACGCUAACAAGGAAUCCCAUGUCGUAUAUUAAAAUUCAACUUCAAGAAAUUAGGCCGUCGCGUGCUGAUUGACGUAAAGGAAGGUUCUAUGUCCUUGGAAGGACUGAGCAAGAUGGUGAACUUAGAAGCUGGUCCUUUUGGCGUUGUGAAUUGGAUGGUCUGCAUCAUCCUACUUAUGGUGUCCAUUUUAGUUGGCAUUAUCUGCUCUCUCAGAGGAAGAGGCACCAAUGCAUUUGAAGAUUACCUCUUGGGAGGUCGUCAGAUGUCUUCCUUACCAGUUGCGUUGUCUCUCAUAGCCAGCACCAUCUCUGCGAUCUCCAUGUUAGGCCUUGCCUCUGAGAUGUACUUCUAUGGAUCCCAGUUUGUAAUCAUCCUGGCCGGGUUAUUGUAUGGCACGUUUUUCGUCCAGUUGUUGAUGGUUCCUAUCCUGUAUCCUCUGGACAUUCUAUCUAUUAAUGAGUACAUCACGUUGAGGUUUGGAUCUCAAGGACUGAGGAAGCUGUCGUCGGCAACUCUGGUGAUUAGCAAUUUGAUAUACAAUGGGAUCUGUCUGUACGCCCCGUCCCUCACCCUGUCUACAGUGACAGGGCUCUCCACUAACUACUCCAUCACCAUCAUGGGACUUAUCUGCUCCUUCUACAUUACCGUCGGUGGUGUCAAAGCAAUAGUAUACACAGAUGUCGUGCAAACUAUAUUUAUGUUUCUGGGAAUGAUAACGACCGUGGUUAUCUGUGUUCUGGAUUUCGGCGGGCUGAGCAAUAUCUUCUCGAUAGCCAGUGAAGGUGGGAGGAUGGAGUUUUUCAACUUUGACCCAAGUCCCUACGUACGAUACACUUUCUGGUCUGUGCAGGUCUUGGCUUCUACACUGUGAUUGGAAGGUUAGGAGUCAGUCAGAUGGGCUACAUGCGGCUCUCCUCUGUACCGUCUCUUGCUAAAGCCAAAAGAUUGUGUUCUUAUUACUUCGUGGGUCAAUGCGUCCUGUGGCUGACAUUCCUCUUCUCUGGCCUCGUGGCCUACGUGGCCUACAGCGACUGUGAUCCGCUGAUCUCCGGGAGGAUAGCCGAACCCGACCAGAUUCUGCCCUACUUGGUGGUCCACAAGAUCUCCCACGUGCCCGGCAUGGCCGGACUCUUCGCUGCAGCCGUCUACAGUGGCAUGCUUAGCUCUGUGUCAUCGUACGCGAAUUCCUCAGCAUCUCUGAUCUGGCAGGAUUUGUUGAGUGAGCUGAACUUCUUCAAAGGAUAUUCGGAUAUGGCGGCGACCAGGAUGCUUAAAUUCCUCUCUGCUGUGAUUGGAGUGUCAGCCAUCGGCUUUGCGAUGCUUGUGAAGCAGCUGGGAAGCAUCGUAGCGGUGACAAACAGCUUCUUGAACGCCCUUGGUGGGUCUAUGAUUGGCAUUUUCAUUGCUGGCAUGUUUGCCCCAUGGGUUAAUACAAAGGGUGCAUAUGCAGGGUUUAUUACAACAUUAUCCUUCAACAUGUGGCUGCUAGUUGGACAAUUCAUAACUGGUUUUGAAAAACCAGAGAUGCUUCCAUUGUCAAUAGAAGGUUGCCCAAAAAAUCUAUACCAUUUAAAUUCGACUUCAAAUCUUUUAAUUGAUUACACAACAGAAAAGCUGUCAUAUUCAACAAAAAUGCUUGAAGACGAACCACAUGAAGAACAAAUGGAGAAAAGUAUCUAUGAUUUGAGUUUUUGCUAUACAGGGGUCAUUGCGAUAAUUUGUAUACUACAUAGUGGCGGGUCCUUCAGAUCAGUCCCUGACAAGCCUCCAAAGCAUACAAAGAAAGACUAUGGAAGUCAUACAAAAUACAGUUUUGAGGCUCAGCCCGGGAGCUCCAGUGCGGACAAGAUUAAGCAUUCUAAGAGCAGAAACAAGACUGCCACCACUGGCAUAUCGAAUUGA